AAUUCCAGUUCGCGGCUGGAGAGCUGUGGCCAAACCACUGCAGAAGAUAAGGCUGAGAGCACCCAUCCCCGACCCCAGUGCGGCUGGCCUCGGGCCCGCGGGAGGCGGGCAUGUUGGCAUGGCAGGACGGCGGGGCCAAGGCGGCCCCCGCUCACCACAAGAUCUCAUUCUCUGUCUUGGACAUUUUGGAUCCGCAAAAAUUCACGCGAGCUGCUCUCCCGCCGGUGCGUCUCGCUGCCCUGGAAGCCAAGAAAAGUUUAGAAGAGGUGGAAGCAGGGGAAGAUGCCUGCUCGGGGAAUCCAAUCAGGUCACAGGAGACCCCUGAUGCGGUGCGCCGAGGCAUUGACCCCGCGUCCCCGGUGGAGGGCUCCGAGGCGGAAGAGGAGGAGGAAGCUGAGGAUGCGGGGCGCGCGCACCAGCCAGAGCGCUGGCAGGGGGUCCAUGCGGGCUCACCAGAGGCCCGGGCAGUGGCGGUGGGAACGGAAGAGAGCGGCGCGGAUGGCCUCCCGGCGUCCCCGGGCUCUCCCGGUUCCCCGCGGCCCCGACGCCGGCGAGCGGAGUCCAGUUGCGCCAAGCCACGGCGCGCGCGCACUGCCUUCACCUACGAGCAGCUGGUGGCCCUAGAGAACAAGUUCCGAGCCACGCGCUACCUGUCGGUGUGCGAGCGCCUGAACCUGGCUCUGUCGCUCAGCCUCACGGAGACACAGGUCAAAAUUUGGUUCCAGAACCGCAGGACCAAGUGGAAGAAGCAGAACCCAGGGGCCGACGGCGCCGUGCAGGCAGGAGGAGGUGCGCCUCAGCCUGGGACACCCGGCGCAGUAGCGGGGGGCGGUGGCAGUGCCACUGGGAGUAGUCCUGGCCCGCCGGUUCCUGGUGCUCUGCCCUAUCAAACUUUCCCCACCUAUCCUGCGACCAACGUCCUCUUCCCUGCCACCUCUUUCCCGCUGACGACCGCCGCCACAGGGAGUCCUUUCACUCCAUUCCUUGGGCCCUCCUACUUGACCCCUUUCUAUGCUCCACACCUAUGAAUCCGGUACUGCUGCUCAGUCAGAAUUCACGAGUGAUCAGUAUGAUGACGCGGGUCCCCGCUUUACAGAGGGGCACUGACCGCCCCCCUCCUGGUGUGCCCCUUCCCUCCAGCUGCUGGUGACACCACCAGAGGGCGAGGAGAAACACCUGCAGACUACAACCACACAAGCCACCGAGUGGUCAAGGCGGUGUCCAGACCAGACUGUUUUAAAAGCUUCCAGCUUCUGGACCUCAUUCUUCCCUUUCAUUUACUUGGAGGGCUCUGUUUUUUAAAGUGUCUGGCUAAAAAGGGUUCCCAGGAUGGAGACCAGAGGGAGCCAAGAUACCCUGGGCACCA